UCGACAGGACGUGUCCUUCUCGUUCUCAUGCAAUCGCGAGCAAGGAACUUUUGAAAAUUUAAAAUUCUGAUUUACCACGCCUGCCCAUAUUUUUUUUUUUUACCGUGCAACAAGCAAAAUUAUUCUAUUUUUUGACUGUGAAAAUCAAGAAAGAACUCUAUUUUGGAUAUACGAAAUUUAAACGCGGAUAAAUCGCCAGCUAAAAAUUGAAAUAAAAAGAUAUCUUGGGAUUGAAGGAGCAACAAAGGACAGCUGGCAAGAUGCUCAAGUGGGCUGUCAACCAGCCGCGGAACUCGUAUUUGGCCAAGGAGUUGCUCCUGGGAAUGGAAAAGGGAUCAGGAUCGCGAUCGGGAGUGGAAACGGGAUCAAUGGAGCCAAAAGCAGAGGUGGUGGCUUCCAGCUACAGCGAGUUCCACGCCCUGCGGGGAAAGCUGAAGAGGAAGUCCCUUGGCUUGGCCCACGGCAAGGAGAACCAGCUGACCUCCACUCCGCUGCCCGCCACUACCAGCUCCUUGACCCUCAACACCCGCACGCCCCUCCUGAAGGACCUCAGCAACAUCCUGGCCACGCCUUCCCCCUCAGUUGGAGUAGCCAAUGGAGGAGCAGUAGCUCCCCUCAAGUUCGCCUGCACACUGCCCACCUUCGAGGCGGAGUACUCCCCGAAUGCCGCAGUCAUUCCUGGUUCCCUGAUUGCCCUUCGCGGAGUGGGCAUCCCGGAUAGCUACUUCGAGAAGCCGCGCUACCUGGAGCAGAAGCCCCUCCCUCAUCCGCAUCCUCAUCCGCAUCCCCAUUCCCAUCCAGCUGCUCCGGAAAGCGGGCAAACGACACUCAGCUCCAGCCAGAUGGGCGAUGUGACUCUGGAGCGGAUGAUCGACGCGAUCCUCGAGAGCAACCGCAAGGGGCCGCAUCCCCGCCAGCCGAGGCAGCAUCUCCGCCAGCGGCACAGGCAGCAGAUCCUCCGCACCAGCCACACCCACACCCACACCCAGGUCCAGACCCACUCUCCAACCUACAGACCUGCAUUUGAUCCUGCCAGCGAUCUCUGCGAGUACUGGAAGUCGCCCUCGCGAAGGGACUCCCUGCCAGCGGAUCACUUCGAGGAGCGGGAGGUGCGCUCCCCCGCCCCCUGCCACACCCAACCACUCCCACUCGGAGUGCACUCCAACGGAAAGCGGAUCUCGCUGCAGCUGCGCAGGCAGCGGGUGGUGCGGCGCAAGCGGAAGAUCGCCACCAAGAUCUCCUCCAGCGUGCGGCAGUCGGCGCAGAAGCUGCUGGCGGCGGCGAGAUCCCAGUCUGGUGGAGUGGCCAGUGGCCAGCGGUGCGCCCAGAAGAGGCGCCACAUCAGUCCGGACAGUGGGCACAACUCGACCAGCGACUUCGAGGAGGAGCUGAUGGCCAUGGGAUCCUGCGCUGGUCGAAUGCAGCCGGCGGCCACCAAGAGGCGACUCAGCUUCUCCUUCGCCGAGGAUCUGUUCGUGGAGAAGUGAUCCCCCAGUGGAAGGUUCUCCUUGUGUUGAUUUUUGACAACUGUUUGGUUACAAUGAAAUCCAUUUUUUUUUUGUGUGGCUAAAAGCGCAGCGUAUUGCCUUGAAAUCCGAAUGUUGAAACAGAUCCUAUAACAAUCUAAGCAAACUUUUUUUGACCAAUAAAACAUUGAUUUUAAUAAAAAGUA